UACAUUUAUAUAAAUAUGUGGAAAUUGACCUUUAUGUAGAUAGUUAACAUAUAUUGUAAUAUAUUUUUGUAUUGCUUAUAAUUUGGUUGAAAGAUAAAAUGACAGAAUCCACAGAAGUUAUGAAUGAAUUGGAAAAUGACAUGUUAACAGACGAAGAAGAAGCAUUAGAAAAUGAUAAUACGCAUUUUAUGUUUAUUAGAGAUCCCGCCGAUAAAUCUGAAUCUUACGAAUAUAAUCAAGAAAUGAAUAGCAGUUGUUAUUCGAUCGGGACAGAAACAGAAACAUAUAAAAAUUGCUCUGAAAGUAUUAUUUCUCUUGAACAGUUUGAAAAUGUAAAUAGUGAGAAUAUGACCUCUCAGUCCACGAAUAAUACAUUAAAAAACCAACAAAUCGUACUUGCAUCGGAUAAUCCUCUCAUGGCUAAAAUUCAAAAUAUACUAAAAUUACAACUAUUGAAACAAAAGGAAAACAUUAAAAAAGAAAUAUUAACUCUUAGUGGGGUAAUCAAAACUAAAGAGAAAGAAAAGUCUUCAGCAGUGGAUCUAAUAAAAAGUGCCAACUGUCGAGUUACAGCACAGAAAAAACUAUUAAGUGACUUUCAUCGAAUGAAAGUGGAAUUAGAAACAGCAAAACAAAAGUUGAAAAAAAGUACUGAACAACAAAUGCAACGCUACAAAGAAAUGUUCACAAAAACUGCAGAUGAAGAAAAAAAAUUUUCGAUUUUAAAAAGACAAAUAGAAUGCAGUCGUGGGUUUCUAAACGAACUUACUAAGUAUGAAAAAGAACAAGAAAUCACAUUUAAUAAGUGUAAUCAAACAAAAUAUCAAGCAAAACAGUAUAAGAAAAAAUUAUUAAAUAACCAACAAAAACAGGAUUUAUUAUUAUUGUCUCUAACCCAAGAAAAUCUUCGGUUGGAAGAUCGCAUUAAACAAUUAGGCGAACAAGCAGAAGCAAAAUAUAACGAAAGCGAACUAUUGAGACAAAAAGUUAUGGAUAAUUCAAUAGGUCUCGAUGCUAUUAAUAAAGAUAAUGCGAAGUACACAUUGUUAUGGAAUGAAGUAAUAAUAUGUAUUCAACAAUGUGAAAAAUCUUCUCAAAAAAAAAUCAAAGAAUUACAAGAAGAAAAAUGUAAAUAUCAUACAUUAUUAACUGAAUACUACAGUUACAAACGCAGUUCACAAGACGAAUGUCGCAAAAACGAUGAAUUACAACAUUUCUUAAAUAAAUUUACACAAAAUCAAAAUAAUUUACAAAAUGGAUUUAAUACAUGCUUAGAAAACUUUAACCAUUUAAGGGAUAAGUAUUUUAAUAUUUUAAAAAUGACGGAAAUCCAAAAUCAAAACUUAGAUGAAGUGAUAUUUGAACAACAAUCUAUUCAAAAUGAACUAAAUAAAUUAUUGCGUUUAAAAAACAACAUAUCAAAUCAAAAAUUAAUGUAUGAAGAUCAAAUUUUAGAGGAAUAUAAUAACCAAUCAAUUACUGAUAAUUAUUGUCAAAAAAUAAAAAGCAAUAUUUUGGAUCUUAAAAAAAAAAAUAAUGACAAUGAGUCAAUAUUAGUUAAAAUUGAGAACGAUGUUUGUUUAGAUCAAAUAAAACUAAAACAAUAUCGUAUUACAACUUAUAAUUUAGAAAAACAAAUAAAAGAACUCACCAAAGAUAUGGACCAACAAGAUUUGAAUAUUGAUACAUUGGACUCUAAACUUAAGCAACUUUACACAGAUAUACAAAUAAAAUCAAAUAUGAUUGAAUUAGAGUCUAAAGAAUUAGAAUCUUUAAAAAAAAAACAUGAAGUUGGUGAUGUUAUGACUCCACAAAUGCAAAUCGAUCAUGUUAGAAGUAGAAUUAAUGAUGUAGAAAAAGAAACCAAUGGCAUAAAACAACACUGUAUUCAAAAUCAAAAUCAAAAUGUAAAAUUAUUGAAUGAAAAAAAUAAACAAAUAUUUGAACUUAAUAAAAUGCGUGAAUAUGACAUGCAAAAUCUUAUAAAGAGUAGAAAACUUGAUUACGAAAUUGCUUCUUUAUCCAAAGAAGUUGAUCAAUAUAAACGAACUCUUACGUAUAUGAGAAAUAAAGUUGUGAUAUAUAAUGAAGUUUUUGGUAAAAAUAAAGGAAAAAGUAGUCAACUUUUGAACGAAAACGAGUGGAUACAAAGUUCUGCUUUAGUUGAAUUAAAGGAAAAUGAAAAACAGUGUUUAGAAUAUAUGGACCAUUUAAAAUCGUUGCAAAAUGAACUGAACGAAAUUAAAAAAACAUAUAUUGAAAAACAACGGGAAAGUAAAUCAUGGGAAGCUAAAGUUCAGUCACUUAUUGAAAUUAAAACAGAACUUAAGAAUAAACAAGGAAUUUUUGGUGAUAUUGAUGCUACACAAAAGGAAAUACAUAAAAUGCAGAUAAUAGAAGGUAGAUUGAAAAAAAUACUGGACAAAAUAAUGAUGGAUUUAGAAAAAUGCAUAUCGAAACGGGAUACAAUUUAUAAUAAAUUUGCAGCAAAAAAUAUUCGUUCAAAUAGUAAAAAUGAUACUAAACAAAAAUUAUUGAAGACCCUCGAUGAUAUGAGAAUAAUGAUAAGAAAAAUUAAAACUAAAUGUAAAAAAAUAGAUAAAGAUAUUAGUGAUGCACAAAAUUAUAAAAUGGAAUUAGAGUGUAAACUUGCACAUUUAAGAGAUAAAUUUACAGAAGUUGAACAAAGUACAGAUGAUUUAAUUAAAAGUAUUGAAGAUAUGAAUGCUUUAAAACUUAAAAACUUUUAUAAAUUAAACUACAAGCAGAAUCGUAUUAAAUUCUUGGACGAUGUAAGAAAAGAAAAAUACCGUUUGCUGAUAAAAAGUGAAUCUAAAAUGAACGAAGCAAUUAUGGCCCAGAGUUUGAAGAAUUCAAACUUAAUAACUGUUGUGGAAUGUUUAAAAAAUGAUUUUCUGUACUUGGAUGUUGAGUUAACACGUUUGUUAUUAACUCUUAAGUCUAUUAAUGAUUAAAAAUCAUAAAAUUAAUAAUAUACAUAUGUAUAUUUACGUUAUUCAUUGUAUCAUUUACCAAAGCGUAUAGACUACGCGCGCAUCAGUGGUAGGGCAAACUGUCAAAGUGUUUGGCAGAUUAUGAAGUAGCGUUACAUAGUUUGACAACUCCAAUCUGCAGAGUACUCCUCAAAUCAAAAAUCAAAAGAAAGUUAGCAGUCCUUGUAGAAGUAAAAACAAAUUAAAGCUUUUUACAAGUAACUUUGUGAAAUCGAACAGCGUAUAUUGCAUUAGUUUUAAGUAAGUCUUAUUAAACGCGUAUUAUAGUAUAAAAUAGGUGCUUACUGCUUAAUUUUUUAAUAUAAGCUUAAUAAAGUAGUUAUAGCUACUAGGUAUUUUUUAUUGAUAUUUAAAAUAAGUAUUAUUAUUAUUAUAUUAAUUGUAAUAUUUACAGACAGCGAUUAAUUUCCUCCAUAUCACAACCAGGUACAUUCGCCAACCUAGCAGAGUCAUACACACGCAUACACGCAUAUCUUUAUUAUCUUAUUGUGCGUAUUAUAAUGUAUAGGUAACUUAUUGAAUAGUGCUGUUCCGUAGCUAUACGAACGACGUCAUUAAUUGUGAAAUUAUUAUGUAUUUUGAGCAAAUCUCAAUUGUUACUAAAAAAAAAUACAUAUUUUUAUUGUUGCACUCAUCAUAGUGGAAACUCUACUUCUUUCUAUUAAUGUAUAUUAUUAUAUCGAUAUAUUAUCAUGUAUGCCAAUCGUUAUGAUGUAUUGAGUACUUUAAUAUAUAUAUGAACUAGCUAUACUAAACCUAGCGUGAAUACCAUUCGCAUUACGAUUCUAUUAGUCGAAUUUGCACACAUUUCUAAUAUACGACAUUUUCGAUGUAUUAUUUUUGUAUAAAAUCAGUUCUAAUAAUAGCCAACAAAUAUAUUAUUUUGUUAUUAUUAUUAUAUUUUUAAAGUACUUGGUUUAAACAAUAAAUCGCGUGUCAACAUUAUAUAGAUCUUAAGUAAGCUGCUGGCCAGUCUGCGCUCUGUCUUGCUAUCAUUGUGAGUACCUACCUAUAUUAUAUUUUAUUUUAUCAUGAAUCUCAUUAUCAUCAGCUUAAAUAGCUGUUUAUAAUUAUAUAUAUAUAUUGUCUAUCUUAUCGUUAUUACAAUAGUUAUUUAGUAUUGAACAUCGUUAAAUGUGUAAUGUCAUAAUAUAGUAUAUAGUAUAUACUAUUUACACACGUAUGCAUACGUGAAGCUUUUAACCAUAGCUGUUUGCACAUUCGUGUCGUACUGUCGUUGAAUUUAUUUAUUUAUUUUAUUAUAAUAACUGCCUCGUCAACUGGGACCAUUGGCUACAAUAUAUCUAAUAAAAAUAAUAUAUCUAUUUUACAUAAUUUGCAGGUGUAUUGUAACAUUAAGUGGGACUUUAAUAGAGAAAGAUAAAAUAUAAAAUAAAGAAAUACAUACAUGAAUUUAUAUAUAAUUAGUCUUAAUACAUUCGUUGAAUUUAUUAUUUUCGUGUUUUUUUAGUGCUUAAAUAAUGUCCGCAGAAAAGCGUGAAAUUGGAGAUGAAAAUAGAACUUUAAAUACCUCAUAGAAGAAUGACUAUUUAAACAAAAUAAAUGUUCAUUAAAAUAUAUAUUUUGAAUGGACGUGGACGUAACUGAGUGUCGACAUCACGCCAUACCAGGCAUCAAGCACAUCAUACGCAUCAUACACAUCAAGCCACAGUAGUAAAUUAUAAAAUAUUUAUGUUAAAUACAUAAAUACAUCGAAAUUAUCUGUAUACGUAAAAAAGGUACUAUGAAUAAUUACAAAACAAAACUACGAUUUAAAUAAUUAAAAAAUCAAAGUUACUGAGCUACCGGUAUUUUAUACAUCUUUGUGACCAACAGAUGGUUGAAAUAAUAAUUAUUUAUUAAAUAAUAAAACAAUUUAGUUUCAGACCAUAUAGCAUAUUUCUAUGGGAUACAAGUAGGUAUGUUCCACUUGGCACAUUUUCUAUAAUUUUAAAAUAGUUCUAUUAUCGAUACAAGUAAUUCGUCAUUCGGGAUACUUACAUUUUACACUGAUGAAUAACCAAUAUACUAUGUAUGAUUUUAAAUUAUGAAUAAUAAUAAAUAAUGAUAAAUUAUUAUUAUUAUAAUAAUUGCAAUAUUCUAUGCCUACUUUUGUUUUCAAGUGAUCUAGAUGUAGUUUACGAAUCAAAAUUAUUUAUUAAAUAAUAUAUGUAUAACUGUAUGCAAUAAUUUAGUUUGGGAAAAAACAGUGUCGUACGCGAGGGGAUAAGUUGGUAAUAAUUUAUAAAUAAUUUUUUUAAUAAAUUAUUAUUCUACUUCACUUUUAUACAAUAUUAUUAAAUGUAAUAUUAUGUAUUUAAACUAUUUAUAUGAAAUACUGAAAAAAUGAACUUAUGACAGAAGUCUACCUAUAACGCCGUGUGGUCAUAAUUUUAAAAAUUCCAUUUCUCAUAAGUCAUAAUUAUGAAUUACGGAACUUUUUAUUCGAUUUACGUUAAUUAUAUUAUUUUUUCAUAGUCUAAAAGCUUGAAAAUAUAUUACAAGAUACUUCAUAAGGUGUCUUUACAGAAAUUCGUUAAAAAAUGUUUUAAAAAACCACCUUUUGAGUAAAGCUUACGAGCUUUUGCACAUCUAACUAGUGUUACACUGUUACUAUAGGUAAUAUGAAAUAUCUAAUUAUAAUUUUGUACAAUUUAUAAUGCUAUAAUUUGACUUAUAUCAUUUCGAUAUACCAUACCGGUGCAAAUUCAAGUUCAACAUAAUAUUAUCUUUAAUUGAGAACAAAAAGUUUACGAACCUUAUGUUGAUAUUAAUUUAUAUUAGGUAUAUAUUUUUUUACUUUGAUAUUGUACUUUGUCUGGUUUCUGUGCAAUAAAAAAAUAACCAAUUUAAAUAAAAGUUAAGUACACGUGACACAAAUAGUUCUAUAUUAUAUACAGAUACACAUAAAGGCAAAAAAAGACCACAAUUUUGAGGAAACUUGAUAAAAUUGAUUAAAUAGAAGUAGAGGUUGGCCAUCACAUGCACUCUCUAAAUUUAACUAUUGUUGUAACGAACCAAUCCCUUUGCAUUCCUUUGCAGUACAAUUACCAGACUUUUAUUUUUUUUUUUUUUGGAAAGAUCAUAUACCUAAUUUUGUUUGAAGUGUUGCCUCCUUCGAUCCAGGAAUACCUUUAAUUUUUCCUUUUAUUUCAUCAGUUAUUGAAAUAUUUUCAUGUUAUGUCAUAUUUUGAGUUUCUAGAGUUAUUUUUAUUGUUAUCACUAAAUAUUACAAAUGAGUGGAUAUAAGUGCUAAUUUAUUAACAAAGGUACUAUUUUCAAUUAUUAUAUCCAGAACUUUUUUAACAUUGCACAUAAUCCUUUGUCAGGUUACGAUAACUUUUUGUAUUUGUUAAAAUUAUCUCAGUAUUUUAACGAUGCAAGUUUACAUGCCCCUCAUCUAGUAACAACUGGAACAGGUGAUAAAGAGAUAUCAUAAAUUUCCUUUUUAAAAAUAGAGAUUCAAUUUGGCACUUUUAAGAAUAUUUUCUUCUCAUUAUUAAUUAUUAAUUAAAGUAUUAAUGUUUGGAAAUAAUUACCUUAUUUUGUCUACAAGGCGAUUACAUACAUGCGUGAGCGUGAGCUUAUUAAUAAUAAGUCACUGUGAUGAAUUUGUUAAAUUUUAAUUCAAUGAUAAAUCAUUAUAUUAUACUUAUAAAAAACAAACAUGUUUAUGAGUAUGUAUAUUAUAAUAUAUAAAUAUUUAUAUAUGCGUGCGUGUAUAUAUGUAUGUAUAAAUGUAUAAUGUACAGACAAAAAUGUACGUAAUAUAGUGUUAACGAGGCAUAUUGGCCAUGCGCAUAUUGGUGGUAGGGGAAUCCGUCUAAGCCCGUUUAACAAAGUUACUUUAUAGCUAGAUGGUCUGACAAUUCCAUUCUUUGGUGAACUCCUCUUCUCAUCAGAAGUCCAAUGGAAGACAGCAACAAUAUCAGCGGUAGCGAGCUCAUACUCAAUUUUUACGCUUUGUAAAUACAUUUUUAAACAUGAACACCGGAUAAUAUUAGUCUUUAAACGAUGUUCAUUUCUUUAUAUCGACGACUUUUCGCAUCGUAGUCUCGUGGCUUGGAGAAUUAUACACACAUACAUGAGUAGUUCGCUCAAGCCGGGGUGCUUCUGGUGAUAAGUUGAAGUUUCUGAGUUUUUUUUUGAUAAACGAUAGCCAUGCAGAACGACAUUUCUAACGACGACGACGGGAGAACACAUCAUUACAAUUUUCGAAUUUUAAAUUCAAAUAUUUAUGUUACAUUUAUGUAUAUAUUUAUUUACCUCUUAUGAAAUGCGUUAUUGUAUUAUACUCAUGACUUCAUAAUAUUAUUAUUGUGGCGAAUUGCAAAUGUGUACGCUCGCGAAAACGGCUGCCCGUGAGACGAUUCAUCGCACGUGUUCUUCCGCGAUCAGGGACAGGCGCCUAGAGUGUCUCGGGUACGGCCGCGAACAAGGGUGUCUGUGGGACGAGAACACGUGUAGUUCGCGUCCCACGGGCAAUCAUGUUCACAGGCGUACCUGAGACACUCUAGGCGCCCACGCCCGGCCGCGGAAGAACACGUGAAUCGUGCCACGGGCAUCCGUUUUCGCGAGCGUAAACAUUUCCGCAAUAAUAUGAAGUCGACGGGAUCCAAAUAUAAAAUAAUAUCGAAUUUCAAGAGCUUGGCGUGCAUUACAAUGAUUAAAAAUGGUUAAUAAAUAUUUUAAAUAACACGUGGUUUUUAUGGAGAGGUAGUCGUAAUGAGACCAUCUCUCGUCACUUUACAAUUUAAUUAUUAAACGUAGUAUUACAUA